AUGGCCAUGCCCUUUCUGUCCUGCACCGCCCUCUGUAUCAUCGGAUCUCUCACCACCAUCCUUGCCCUCCCAACUACCGAGCCGCCACUGAUCCAUGACCACCCCUUUGUAGCCAUAUGGAACGCCCCUACAGAGCGUUGCCAACAACUGGAAAUCCCCCUGGACACAGCAGCCUUCCAGGCAAUGACCACGACCGUCUCCAAGCCUGGUCAAUUCCUCACCAUCUUCUAUGAAGACCAUCUUGGCCUCUACCCUAAAGUCAACACCGUUAAACGCAAGAUCUACAGAGGUGGAAUCCCCCAAAACGGCAACCUGACAGAACAUCUAGCCAAGGCCCGGAGACAGAUCGAUCAUAACAUCUACCAAGAUUCUUCUCCUGGACUGGCUGUCAUUGAUUGGGAGUCCUGGCGCCCCCUGUGGGACCAAAAUUGGGGAUCAAAACGUAUUUACCAGAAACUGUCCAUCACUCAUGCCCUGCAGAUAGCCCCAUUUUUAUCAACACAGCAAAUUUCCAAAGAGGCCAAGACACAGUUCCAGCAUGCCAGCCGGCACUUUAUGGAGAGGACCAUCAGUCUUGGCGUUGGUGAGCGCCCGAGCCGCCGCUGGGGCUUCUACUUGUUUCCUGACUGCUACAACUACGGCUGGAAGAAGUCUGAUUACACAGGAGAGUGCUCUGAGAAGACUCAGAAGCAAAACAACCAGAUGCUGUGGCUGUGGGAGCGCAGCACUGCCCUAUUUCCCUCCAUUUACCUCCACUCAACUCUUAAGAACUCUCCCCAGGCUGCACUUUACGUCCGCAACCGUGUCCAUGAGGCGAUGAGGGUGGCAAUGCUGCCCGAACGUCAGUAUACAGUUCCAAUCUACGUCUACUCCAGGCCACUGUACAGGGAUCAGAACAAGAAGUUAGAGAGCUUGAGUGACCUGGUGAGCACCGUGGGAGAGUCUGCAGCUCUGGGGGCUUCUGGGGUCAUAAUGUGGGGAGGAACCAAAGACUACAACAACAAGGCUGCCUGUGAGUCUCUCUCCGAGUACCUGACGUCUACCUUGAACCCGUACAUUGCUAAUGUGACGGCGGCCACCAUGCUUUGCAGUGAGCUCCUUUGCCAAGGGAAAGGCCGCUGUGUCAGGAAGGACUACGACUCCUCCCAGUACCUGCACCUGAACCCCACCCACUUCCGCCUCCUGCGUGCCAACAGGAAGUACGUGGCGAUUGGUCUACCCUCCUCCGCCGACCUCGAUGCCUGGGCUGGAAACUUCACCUGUCAGUGCUAUGCAGGGGGGACCUGUUCCCCAAAACUCUCCCAAACGAUCGAGAUCAAACAGAUUUGGGUUUAACCACAGAAAAUGUUCCCUUAUGUGGCAUUAACUGCUUAUAGCGUUAUUUCAACUAUGCAAACAAAAUAGAAUUCUAUAAGAAAUUAAAUCAAGCUCAAUAUGAAAGUCUGUCCACAGAGAUGGUCAUUAAUUAAGAAACAGUGAGAACUGAAGUAAAAACUGUGACAUUAUAACCAAUUAGUUCCCAUGAUAAGUCAGUGUAAAAAUGCCUACAGGACCGAGACCAGUCCACCUCAAUAACAACUAAAUGUCAGAGACGAGUUUCAAAGCAAAAUAACUAGAAUGGUCAGCAGUAGUGCAUAUAACAGCUUGAUAAUCCAAUCAAGCUGCACCAAAUGUCACAGAGUCAUAGAUACCAGUUCUCUUAAUAUGUCUGAUUGCUUUUAUCAAGACAUGGGAAAUAUUCCCAAGGAAAACAGUAAAAAUGUUGAGAAUCAUCACAAUAGUAAAGGAUGACCUGGUUUCUUCCCUGGCCCUUCCACCGAUUUCAUUUUAUAUUAUUCUAUUUUCUUAUAGCUUAUUUCAUUUGAACUACUGGUAUUCUGAUGUAUUACAUGUUGCUGUCUUCCUCUUGUACCUAAUACUUUGUGCAGCUCUUUGGUCAACUUAUCUUGCA